AGAGAGGCUCCACCCAUUUCACUGGAGGCCUGGAGGUGGGCGCUCUCCUUUUCCUCUACCCGCCCCCCUGUACCUGCAAAGUGGGGCUGGCCACGGAGGGAGGGCCCUGUCCCCUGUCCCUUUAAGGAGGAGGGCCGAGCGCAGGCGAGAGAGCUGGCGUUGCCCCUAGCCCGUCCGCGCCCUCACCCCAGAGCAGCUGCAGCCACAGCUCCGGCCUCCCCGCGGUUAGCAGAGUCUGCUCCGGCCCCAAGAAGCGAGUCGCCACCAUGGUGAAGAUUGUGACGGUGAAGACCCAGGCGUACCCGGACCAGAAGCCGGGCACGAGCGGGCUGCGGAAGCGGGUGAAGGUGUUUCAGAGCAGCGCCAACUACGCGGAGAAUUUCAUCCAGAGUAUCAUCUCCACGGUGGAGCCGGCGCAGCGGCAGGAGGCCACCCUCGUGGUGGGCGGGGACGGCAGGUUCUACAUGAAGGAGGCCAUCCAGCUCAUCGUGCGCAUCGCCGCCGCCAACGGGAUUGGUCGCUUGGUUAUUGGGCAGAAUGGGAUCCUUUCUACCCCUGCUGUAUCCUGCAUCAUUAGAAAGAUCAAAGCCAUUGGUGGGAUCAUUCUGACAGCCAGCCACAACCCGGGAGGGCCCAAUGGAGAUUUUGGAAUCAAAUUUAAUAUUUCCAAUGGAGGUCCUGCUCCAGAAGCAAUAACUGAUAAAAUCUUCCAAAUCAGCAAGACAAUUGAAGAAUAUGCAAUUUGCCCUGACCUGAAAAUAGACCUUGGAGUUCUGGGAAAGCAGCAGUUUGACCUGGAAAACAAGUUCAAACCAUUCACAGUGGAAAUUGUGGACUCUGUGGAAGCUUAUGCUACAAUGCUGAGAAACAUCUUUGAUUUCAACGCACUGAAGGAACUGCUUUCUGGUCCAAACCGACUAAAGAUUCGUAUAGAUGCCAUGCAUGGAGUCGUGGGACCGUAUGUGAAGAAGAUCCUCUGCGAAGAACUCGGUGCCCCUGCGAACUCAGCAGUUAACUGUGUUCCUCUGGAAGACUUUGGAGGCCACCACCCUGACCCCAACCUCACUUACGCUGCUGACCUGGUGGAGACCAUGAAGACAGGAGAGCACGACUUUGGGGCUGCUUUUGAUGGAGAUGGGGAUCGAAACAUGAUUCUGGGUAAGCACGGGUUCUUUGUCAACCCGUCAGACUCCGUGGCUGUCAUUGCUGCCAACAUCUUCAGCAUUCCGUAUUUCCAGCAAACUGGGGUCCGAGGCUUUGCCCGCAGCAUGCCCACCAGUGGGGCCCUGGACCGGGUGGCUAAUGCUACAAAGAUCGCUUUGUAUGAGACCCCAACUGGCUGGAAGUUUUUUGGGAAUUUGAUGGAUGCGAGCAAACUGUCCCUUUGUGGGGAGGAGAGCUUUGGGACUGGUUCUGACCACAUCCGUGAGAAAGAUGGACUCUGGGCUGUCCUUGCUUGGCUCUCCAUUCUAGCCACCCGCAAACAGAGUGUGGAGGACAUUCUCAAAGAUCACUGGCAAAAGUAUGGCCGGAAUUUCUUCACCAGGUAUGACUAUGAGGAGGUGGAAGCUGAGGGUGCCAACAAAAUGAUGAAGGACUUGGAGGCCCUGAUAUCUGAUCGCUCCUUCGUGGGGAAACAGUUCCCAGUGGGUGAUAAAGUUUACACUGUGGAGAAAAUUGACAACUUUGAAUACAGUGAUCCAGUGGAUGGAAGCAUUUCAAGGAAUCAGGGCUUGCGGCUCAUUUUUGCAGAUGGUUCUCGCAUCAUCUUUCGACUGAGCGGCACUGGGAGUGCAGGGGCCACCGUUCGACUAUAUAUCGACAGCUAUGAGAAGGACAUUGCCAAGAUCUACCAGGACCCCCAGGUCAUGUUGGCUCCCCUUAUUUCCAUUGCUCUGAAGGUGUCCCAGCUCCAAGAAAGGACGGGACGCACUGCACCCACUGUUAUCACCUAAGAAGACAGGCCAGAUGCGGUACGUCCCUCCACCCCGGACCCUCCAAGUCAUCUGAUUGAAGAGCAUGGACAGAAGCAAAGCGUAUUCACCCAGGCUUUUUAGGAUUCGUUUUUUCCACUAACCAGUUGUUGAUGAAUGGCACAUUAGUGCGACACUGCCAUUUGUGGGAAAGAGGAAAAGAGGACCCAGGGGCUUAUGCUAAUGCCACCUCCUUUUUGUGCCCUUAGGCCCUGCUGCUGUGUGGGUAUUUGUCUCCCUAGCACCAGCUUCUGUUGACUACAAUGUGAGAUGGAGGUUGAGCAUCAGCUAGUGAGGCCAUUUCUCAUCCUUAGGAUGUACCAACGACAGGACACUGCAGCUUUUGUUCUCUUCCGUGAAUUCUUUCCCCAUUAACUGUUUACAUGUGAUCCAGCAAAAUGCAAUUUUUGGUGCCUUCUCUCCAGUCAGUUCUUUCCUCAGAGUGAGACGUACUUGUCUACAGAUUUCUGCCGUGGUUUGCAACAUAGUCCCAGUCACACAAAUAUUUUGGGAUAUUAAAGCAAAAUAAGCUACUCUUU